AGCACGAGCAGGAGCAGAAGUGACACAUCACACACACACACACACACAGAAAUGAGAUAGUCUCGAAAAAUAUAUACACAGUUACUCCAGAUAGCUAGCUAUCCGAUCCACAACAAUAUAAUGGAGGAGAAGGUGCUCCUCGCCGUGGCCGUGGCCGUGCUACUCGUCGUCCUCUCCAAGCUCAAGUCUUUGCUCGUCACCAGGGCGAAGCUUAACCUGCCCCCGGGGCCAUGGACGCUGCCGUUGAUAGGGAGCGUCCACCACCUGGUCACCAGCCCGUCGAUCUACCGGGCAAUGCGUGACCUCGCGCAGGAGCACGGGCCGCUCAUGAUGCUCCGGCUGGGCGAGGUGCCCACGCUGGUGGUGUCGUCGCCGGAGGCCGCGCAGGCGAUCACCAAGGCGCACGACAUCACGUUCGCCGACCGCCACUUGAACGCCACCAUCGGCGUGCUCACCUUUAACGGCACCGACCUGGUGUUCGGGACCUACGGCGAGCGGUGGCGCCAGCUCCGCAAGAUCACCGUGCUGGAGCUGCUCAGCGUCGCGCGCGUGCAGUCGUUCCAGCGCAUCCGCGAGGAGGAGGUGGCGCGCUUCAUGCGGAGCCUCGCCGCGUCCGCCGGCGCCGGCGGCGCCGCCGUCAACCUGUCCAAGAUGAUAUCUCGAUUCAUCAACGACACCUUCGUGAGGGAGUCCGUCGGCAGCCGGUGCAAGUACCAGGACGACUACCUGGAUGCCUUCGACACCGCGGUCCGGCAGACGUCGGUGCUGACCGUGGCCGACCUCUUCCCGUCGUCGAGGCUCAUGCAGAUUCUCGGCACGGCGCCACGCAACGCGCUCAAGUCCCGGAACCGGAUCACGCGCAUCCUGGAGCAGAUCAUCCACGAGCAGGUCGAGGCCAUGGACCGUGGCGAGAAGACGGCGCACGAGAGCUUAAUCGGUGUCCUGCUCAGGCUGCAGAAAGAGGCCAGCUUGCCCAUCGAGCUCACCAACGACACCAUCGUGGCGCUCAUGUUUGACUUGUUCGGCGCCGGUAGCGAUACCUCGUCGACGACACUGAACUGGUGCAUGACAGAGCUAAUCCGGUACCCGGCAGCGAUGGCCAGAGCGCAGGCCGAGGUCCGGGAGGCCUUCAAGGGGAAGACCAGAAUCACCGAGGAUGACCUCGCCGGGGCAGAGCUUAGCUACCUGAAGCUUGUGAUCAAGGAAGCUCUCAGGAUGCACUGCCCACUGCCGCUCCUGCUCCCGCGGCAGUGCCGUGAGACGUGCCAGGUCAUGGGCUACGACAUCCCUAAGGGCACAUCCGUGUUCAUCAACGUCUGGGCGAUUUGCAGGGACGCCAAGUACUGGGAAGAUGCAGAGGAAUUCAGGCCAGAGCGGUUCGAGAACACCAACCUUGACUACAAGGGGACAAACUACGAGUUUCUUCCGUUCGGAUCCGGCCGCCGUAUGUGCCCGGGAGCAAACCUUGGACUGGCUAACAUUGAACUCGCUCUGGCGAGCCUUCUGUAUCACUAUGAUUGGAAGUUGCCUGAUGGAGUGAAGCCAGAGGAUGUUCAGGUUUGUGAGGGUCCAGGAUUGAUAGCAAAGAAGAAAACAGGCCUGAUUUUGCACCCGGUUACCUGUAUCGCUCCAGCCGAUGCGUAAACAAGCCCGUUAACAUAUAUGCUUCUUGGGCCAGUAUGGUACUGCAUGGGCCAUGAUUGAGCGAUAUAAGGUUCGAUGGAAAAAUAAGUUGGAGGAUUUGGAUGGCUCUUGUCGCUUUCAAGGAUACUGUAAAAUGUUUAUAAAUACACUACUAUUCCCUUCAAGCAGCAGAAGGUGACCUUUUGGGACGGCGUUGUUGUUUAGUCAAUGUUUCUAGAUGCUACCUUUUACAUAUUAUAAUGUAUAUAUCUAUAUAAAGCAUGGCAAAUGAAAUACUGUAGAGGUCCUCUAGUUAUAUAGCAUUUUUAAGCAGUAAAUCCUAUUUGGUUUUCUUAGUCCUUUA